AUGAAGUCACCAAUAUCUCCCAUCCUUCUCGAGCCCCACCUUGGUGAACUCCCAGGAAGUUCACACAGGACUUCUCGCAAUGAUGCAGCUACAGGAGCAUCUGCAGCAGGCGUGCGUGCAGCAUUUGCGAGAGCCGUGAAUCCCCGUGUUGCCGAAGGAAAAUGGUCCCUACACACAACAACUCCAGGAUUACUGCUUCAUGCUGUUCGGACAUAUGGCUGGCGGUUUAUCCCUAACCAGGUUCUUCCACCUUUAAUGGCAAAUGCAGGUGUCGGCGCCGUUCUCUAUACAUCUUACCUCCAGGUUUUGGGGGCUCUACAUGAACCAACUUCCCAAGGCGUCAAGCGAGUCUGGCCACCGGCUUCUCCUUCUGCAACCUUUGCUGCUGGGUUUACUGCCGGUACAAUUCAGUCGAUUGUAGCCGCCCCUCUGGACGCCUUGCAGGUCCGCUUCCAAACCAGUGACAUGCUGGAGGGUCAGUAUCGGAGUAUGUGGCAUUAUGGUCACCAUAAGCUCAAGCAGAUUGGUCUCCGUGGGGUCUUUGCAGGAUGGAGCCUCUCGUUUAUGCGAGACUCGCUUGGCUACGCGGUGUUCUUCUCCUCGUUUGAAUACAUCAAGUCGCAGUCCUACUACACUUUCGUUGCCUGGUACUACGGGUCCUUACAAGCCCACCAUGUGGGCAUGCUUUCAUCAUCUGAGUCUAGUGAUCGUGGUGUGCCGCUCAUCAAACCCCAUUAUUCAUUGGAGCCCAUUUUCCUAUUGAUGGCUGGUUUUGUGGCGUCGAUCGCUCAGCAAACCAUUCAGCAUCCCCUAAGCCGGAUUCAAGAUCUUCAUCUGGGCCGGCUGGAAUAUCUGGAUCAUCAGGCCAGUUUCGUACCCUCGAGGCAGAAGAUGAUGCGGCUAUACUACCACGCCUACCAAGAGACCUUCAAGAGAUGCAAGCGGAAGGCUGUGCGGGCCGGGGGCUGGCGUCCCUGGUUGUUUCGUGGGUUUAUCGGGAGUUCUAUCCGCCAAGUACCUAGCACCAGCGCCGGUUUGAUCAUUUUCGAAUUGGUGCGCCGACGCUUCCCAAACAUCUUCCAUCAUCUGAUUAAACUCAUCUGUACCUGUCGGGUGUCCCAGACUAUAUUUGAAUUUUGUUGGUGUAAUGCUCUCUUGAUUGGCUUCGGAGACCCUUACUUUGGCCCAAACGCACCCCCUCCCCCGGAUCUCCGCCUUCGCGUCACCCGUUCUGACAGCACCUCGUCAUCCUGCGUCGCCGAGAAGGGAAGUCGACGAUCUUCCCAGUCGUCUGCUCGCUCGGUUGAGUCUGACUUCUCAACCUGGUCAGACAGCGGUGACCUUGCCGAGCAGUUUACUGGAACGGAGGAUCCGUUGCAGGUCCACCUUCGCACAUCUUCGGAUCGACAGCUCUUGCGUCCAAAGGGGCGACGGAAACACCGCAAGCACGUACACGAUUCUUCAGAAUUGAGCAACGAGUGUUCUGUGAUCGACAUUGAAAAGAUUCGGAUACCAACCCCUCCCCCACGCCGAAUCUCAACGGGCGAACGCGUGCUGGCUGCCAUCAUGACACCCAGGAACAGCCCGAACGCCCAGAUGCAUGGCUUGGUUGGGAAGCCGUUACUUUACUUCACAAGCGUUUUUGUGUCACUGGGCGUCUUUCUUUUCGGCUAUGACCAGGGUGUUAUGUCUGGCAUCAUAACUGGCUGGUUCUUCCGCGACUACUUCAACCAGCCCUCUCGGGCUACAAUUGGCACUGUGGUUGCGGUUCUCGAAGUCGGAGCAUUCAUAUCCUCCCUUCUUGUGGGACGUGUUGGUGAUAUUCUCGGCCGCCGAAGGACUAUCCUCUAUGGCUCUAUUGUGUUCUUCAUCGGAGGCGCUCUUCAAACAUGUGCAACAGGCAUUCCCAUGAUGAUAGUCGGCCGUGUCAUUGCCGGUCUUGGUGUCGGUGCCCUCUCCACCAUCGUGCCAGUCUACCAGUCUGAAAUUUCGCCUCCGCACAACCGUGGAAAGCUCGCAUGCAUCGAAUUCACUGGCAAUAUAGCUGGAUAUGCAACCAGCGUGUGGGUUGACUAUUUUUGCAGCUUCAUCGACAACGACUACUCCUGGCGCCUCCCACUUCUCUUCCAAUGUGUCAUGGGGGCCUUGCUUGGAGUUGGCAGUCUCAUGAUAUGUGAAUCACCUAGAUGGCUUCUUGAUAAUGACCACGACGAGGAGGGUAUGGUGGUAAUCGCAAAUCUUUAUGGUGGGGGCGACCCUCUUAAUGAUAAAGCACGCCAAGAAUACCGGGAAAUCAAGAUGAACGUUCUCGUCCAGCGCCAAGAAGGCGAACGAUCCUAUUCAGACAUGUUCCGCCGGUAUCGCAAACGUGUUUUGAUUGCCAUGUCCGCCCAAGCCCUAGCGCAACUCAACGGGAUCAACGUGAUCUCUUAUUAUGCUCCUUACGUGUUUGAAUCGGCUGGUUGGGCUGGACGGGAUGCCAUCCUUAUGACUGGAAUUAACGGUAUUUCGUACUUACUGUCUACCAUACCACCAUGGUAUCUGGUGGAUGGCUGGGGUCGACGACCGAUCUUGCUUUCGGGCGCUGUUGCCAUGAUGAUUUCCCUUUCUCUCAUCUCUUAUUUCAUCUACAUCGAAAUUCCCGCUACUCCAAAGUUGACGGUCAUCUUCGUCAUGCUCUAUAAUGCAGCUUUCGGGGCUUCCUGGGGGCCCAUUCCAUGGUUGUACCCUCCGGAGAUUCUGCCCUUGAGCAUCCGUGCCAAAGGUGCAAGCUUGAGCACCGCUUCAAACUGGGCAUUUAAUUGGCUCGUUGGCGAGGUGACCCCUAUCCUCCAAGAGAUCAUUAAGUGGCGGCUAUACUUGGUCCAUGCAUUCUUCUGUGCAUGUAGUUUUGUGCUUGUUUAUUUCUUAUACCCCGAAACGAGUGGGGUCCGCCUGGAAGAUAUGGACGCUCUUUUUGGCGAUGCUUCCACCACCAUGCCCACGCCCGCCACUCAAGGCGAGCGAGGUUCCCUGAUGGGUGCCGGUUCACCCGUCCCGUCACUUGACCUGCAUCGGCAGUACGCUCAAUUUGGGGCAGAGAACUCUAUCCCUGGUCUAGAUAUCGAUCCGCCGACUUCAAGUCAUGAAGGGACCAGUAAACGUGGACGCUCGAAUUCCCAACGGGACGGCAUCCGAGGCGAAGGAAUCGGUGGCUGGAUCUCAAGCAUGGUCAGUCGAAACCGAGCAGCUGGCGCUGGCGUUCCCAGCAGUCAAUACAGACGUCUGGAGCAAGGAGAAGGGGACGAGCGAUAG